UUUCACUAGAGCUCUCAACCAGAAAUUUUUCUCAACGUGCUUAGAGCAAGGUCCAUAUUUCCUGCCUCAGUUCAGUUAAUUUUUGAAAUAGAGACACCAAAGCUCAUUCAUUCUUCAGUUUCCCACUGAGCCUGCUGUACUGGAAGGGACGUUCACCUCCCAGAAGUUUAUGUCCAUGAAGAUUGUUGGAGCAGCUUUCCAGGCUAAAGUGUCCUCAUGAUUGUCUCACUGAAGGGUGCACAGAUGCUACAGAUGCUGGAGAAAUCCUUGAGGAAGUACCUUCCCGAAUCCAUAAAGGUUUACGGGACCCUCUAUCACAUGAUCCAUGGAAACCCAUUCAACCUAAAAGCCUUAGUCGACAAGUGGCCUGAUUUUAACACAGUGGUUGUACGCCCUCAGGAACAGGACAUGGCAGAUGACCUCGAUUACUACACAAAUACUUACCAAAUCUACUCCAAAGACCCGCAGGAAUGUCGGGAAUUCCUGGGCUCCUCAGAAGUCAUCAACUGGAAACAGCAUUUGCAGAUUCAAAGUUCCCAGUCCCGCCUGAAUGAGGCAAUACAAAAUCUUGCAAGCAUUCGAUCUUUCCAAGUCAAACACUCAGAAAACAUUCUCUUCGUGACACCAGAGACAAUCAAGAAUCUGUUUCCUUCCUUGCCAGAUACAAAGAAUAUAUUGCCGGGUAGUGGCAAGCCCAAGGCCAUCAAUCAAGACAUGUUUAAACUUUCAUCCUUGGAUGUUACCCAUGCUGCCUUGGUGAAUAAAUUCUGGCUUUUUGGUGGCAAUGAGAGGAGCCAGAGAUUCAUUGAACGCUGUAUAAAGAACUUCCCAAGUUCCUGUAUCCUGGGGCCUGAUGGAGCCCUUGCAUCCUGGACCCUAAUGGACCAAACUGGAGAGAUGCGAAUGGGAGGAACUAUGCCCGAGUACAGGGCCCAAGGUCUUGUCACCUAUGUUGUCUAUUCACAAGAUCAGAUUAUGAAGGAACGUGGCUUUCCUGUUUAUUCCCAUACAGACAAAAGUAACACGGCUAUGCAAAAAAUGAGUUACUCACUGCAGCAUGUCCCCAUGCCCUGUGCCUGGAACCAAUGGAAAUGUGUGCCUAUGUGAAGCCGGCUUCUUACACAAGAUGGUGUUGGGUGGGCCUGGGAAUGGAAUCGGAUGGUGACCAAAAAGACAGAAUAAAUGGCAACCAGCUACGAA